AAAGUCAUGGAGCAACGACAACAACAAAACAGUUCGAUUCAUCAUGGCUUCCAAUGGAGCAAGGGCGCGUAGUGUUGAAGUCAGUGUAGAAAAAUUGCUAGAACACGAAAUAGAGGAGAUCUCUCGGGCUGGAGAAGAAAAAUAUCGAAAACCUUUAACAUUUUCAGAAGAGCUAACAGACUUUGCACAUAAGAUUGAUUUUCUGGGUGACGAAGGAGACUCAACAGUGCAAAAUGGGGAAGAUGAUGAAGACAUGUCUGAUAAAAAACAAGAUCAAUCAAAGGCUGAACAAUGGCCAUGGGAGUCUGUUCGAAACAAGAUACGGAGUGCGCUCUCUGAAGUGUGUGUUCUCCUUGAUGUUCUGCAAGUUAUGAAGGAAAAGAAAUACCUUGUUCUUGAGCCAGUUUCACAAAAUGCAGAGCCACCCAAACAAGUGGUUCAAAUGAUCGGAAAACGAAAGAGUCUUGCUAAAGCCGCUGACGUCAUACGACUUGGAGCUGAGCGAAUGACGCAAGGGAAGGUCGAAGAAAAAUAUGAUAGCUAUACUCACAUUCCCUUGCCCAAGGUGGAUUAUUUCUCUGAGCUCAUGAAAUUAAGACAAAGAUGGAAAGUUAAGAAGACAGGAAAUGCAGUGACUGGCGAGCUGAGUUAUAAAUCAGCUGGAUCGACGUUUUGGCACCCUGGUUUCUUUGAAGUGAAAAAGACUGAAGACCUUCCGGAGGAAGAAAGAGACGGAAGUGGCUGCCCGUUGUCUGUAAGGGUGAGCUCAGAUCUUGAAGAUUACUCCAGGGUGAAAGUGAGGAUCUCUGAUUUAAACGAAGAAGAUGAGAGAAUGGAUGUUGACAAUGGAGAGCCAAGCUCGAACGGCACUUCCUCAGCACGAGAUGAACUUGAUGCCUCACCCUGGCAUAAAAAGCUGAAACAAGCACAACAUAAUAUAUUCUGCAAAGAACUGUUUUCCCAGAUUUCGAAGGAGGCAUUUCAUUCUGAGUACUUACAAAAUGUCCAAGUGACUGGAAAUAGAAUUCGUUUGCAACUGUUCCCUGAUGCCUUUGCUGAGAUCACUUAUGAAAAAGGUCUAAAAAGCGACGAAUCUAGCUACGAAAAUCUGCUCUCGGGUUAUGGAGAUGUGCUGGAACUGCGACUGCAACAGUUAUUGCACGAGCAACACCUGGCGAAGAUUGAUAUCCCUACUCCACAGCCAGCCACAGCUCCAUGGACAACAAAGGACAAACAUUCUUCUAACACGCAUGAAUUUCUGGCUAAGAAGAACAUAGCGUACAAAAACAGUAAACCGUUAUUGCUGGAUACAUAUUGCGAUGAGUUAAAGCAUAUUGUCUUGCGGAAAAGGACAACUGCUCUGCUUGACCGUAUGGCACUUGAAUACUCUGAUCCAUCAAUAGCAACGGAAUGGAGCUCCAAUGCUGGACCGAAAGUAUCAUUUGCCAACGUCCAUAUGUUUUCUAAAAGACAGAAACUUUGCUAUAGGACAUCAUUUAACUUGAAGAUUGACCUGGACAAGUUUGUGCUGAUCAAUAUGAAUGGGACAGUUGUGCGUUUGAACUGGGUUCUCGAUGAUCUCGAAGACUAUGUCAAGAUGCAGAUCACUAUUCACUUUGCACAUGUCGCCCUUGGCAUCUUCGAAGACUUUGGUUGGAAAAUUUUGCAACAUCCUAACAAUAUAUCAAUUGACAAAAGAGGACAAAAGCUCUAUGUGAAAGCAAGAAGCUUGAGUCAGGAAUGCGUGAUCUCCUUGCUUGUAACUGAAGGGUUCAGCUUUCACGCAAGUCUACAAAAGUCUCUAAAUACCGAAGAAGAACAAGGAUCAAGUUUAUUGCUGGAUGCGAAGUGGACAAAACUGGAAGGCAAACAAGUAGAUAUUGACUGGGCAUCGUUGCAGGGAAAGACUUUCGCCGAGAAGUUUUACGAACUAGUAUCUUCAAACUCGUGACAAGAAGCGAAGCUAAAGUCUUAGGCUUUUCAGUCAUUUUGUACUCAUUAUCUGUCCAAAAAAGUCAGUGCUUCUUGUGGCGAACAGCUAUUUUAUAAUGUUUGACAAAGUACAUCAAAAUACAACUGGUUUAAAAAUGUCCACAUAAUAGUGACAAUUGCUCUCAAUUUUUUAACAUCAGUAAUCCUGUCAGAAA